AUGAGGGCGUUCCAUGGCUACUCCACCCUCCAGGUCGACGCCUUCUUCUCCUCCCUCAUGAUGAUCAUCGUCUCCGAGCUCGGAGACAAGACGUUCUUCAUCGCUGCCGUGCUCGCGAUGAAGAACCCCCGUAGCACGGUCCUUGCCGGAGCCCUUGGAGCUCUCUGGGUCAUGACGGUGCUUUCUGCUGCUGCUGGCUUCGCUCUCCCCAACCUUAUCCCGAGGAUGUACACCCACUACGCCUCCGUCUGCCUCUUCAUCUUCUUCGGGGCGAAGCUGCUCAAAGACGCCAAAGACAUGCAGACGUCUGGGCCCAGCGAAGAGCUCGAGGAGGUCGAGGCGGAGCUGAACAAGACGGAUAAGAAGAAGAACACAGAUCUUGAAUCAGGUGCCUCACCCUCUCUGAUCAACGGCGUCCUCUGGCAAGGUAGCAUAUUGCUGGAUCCGUUCACCUUGACGUUCCUUGCCGAGUGGGGAGAUCGAUCGCAGAUCGCGACCAUAGCGUUGGCCGCGCAGAAGGAUCCGAUCGGAGUGACAGUCGGAGGCAUCGUGGGGCAUGCCGCGUGCACGGCGCUAGCAGUGAUGGGAGGCAGGAUGCUUGCAGCAAGGAUCUCAGAGAGGACAGUAGCGAUAUCAGGAGGCCUGCUCUUCCUCGUCUUCGCCAUCCACGGCCUCUGGCAAGGAGGCUCGUCGCUCAACAACGCGUGA